GCGCAGUCGGCGCCUGAGUGAUGGCGCUGCUGUACUCGGCUGUGCUGGCGGCAGCCCUAGGCGGAGGACUGUGGCUGGCGGCGCGCCGCUACCUGAGGCCCUUGAGUGGGGUCGCGGCCGGCGUCAUGCGCGGCAAGACGGUCAUCGUGACUGGCGCCAACACGGGCCUGGGCCGGGCCACGGCGGCCGAGCUGCUGCGCCGGGGGGCCCGCGUCAUCCUCGCCUGCCGUGACCGGGGGCGCGCCGAGCAGGCCGCUGCGGAGCUCCUCCGGGAGCAGGAGCAGGCCCGGGCCCAGGCCCAGGUGCCGCCCGCAGCUGAAGGGGGCCCCGCCGGUGAGCUGAUCGUUAAGGAGCUGGACCUGGCGUCGCUGCGCUCCGUGCGCGCCUUCUGUCAAGAGGUGCUGCAGGAGGAGCCCCGACUGGAUGUCUUGAUCAAUAAUGCAGGGGUCUUCCGUUGCCCAUACAUGAAGACAGAAGAUGGCUUUGAGAUGCAGUUUGGGGUGAAUCACCUGGGCCACUUCUUGCUUACUAACCUGCUUCUUGACCGCCUUAAAGAAUCGGCCCCCAGCAGGAUUGUGGUGGUUUCUUCCAAACUUUACAAAUAUGGAGAAAUCAACUUUGAAGAUUUGAAUAGUGAGCUAAAAUAUAAUAAAAGUUUCUGUUAUAGUCAGAGCAAGUUGGCAAAUAUUCUCUUUACCAGAGAAUUAGCCCGCCGCCUAGAAGGCACAAAUGUAACUGUAAAUGUGCUUCAUCCUGGGAUUGUCCGAACCGAUCUGGGGAGGCAUAUAAACAUACCCCUACUGGCCAAGCCACUUUUCAAUCUAGCGUCAUGGGCCUUUCUCAAAACCCCUGAAGAAGGAGCUCAAACCUCAGUCUACCUGGCCUCAUCCCCAGAAGUAGAGGGUGUGUCAGGAAAGUACUUUGGAGAUUGUAAAGAGGAGGACCUCCUGCCCAAAGCCAUGGAUGACUCUGUGGCAAGAAAACUGUGGGAUAUCAGUGAAGCAAUGGUGGGCAUAAUGAAGUAGCUCUGGGGACUCUGAGGAGGAGAGUCAGUGGUUGCUGCAGUGCAAGCCAGGGCUUCUCUCAGGGAUGGGCCUGUUGGGACUGGGAUACUAAGUAUGUUGCAUAGUCCUCUUGAUGUGAAAAAAUAAAUAAAUCAUUGAAACCUUAAAAGGCUCCACUGCUAAAAAAAACCCCGGUCUGAAUGCUCAUAGAUUAGCAGCUGUUUGUUAAGCUUUUAGCCGAGCAUGUACUUGAACUAAGAACUGGGCAGUUGUGGCACUGCCAGGGGUCCCUGGUGCUAAGGAGCACCCCGCUGGGGUGGAACCCAGAAUUGUUAGAGUAAACACUGUUGACCAAA